CGAGACUUCUGGGAAAUGGAGUCCAUGCGAAGGCAGCACAUUGAUUGGAGCCCAGAGGCGGAAGACCAUCGCGCAGGCGCACUGCCUUCCCGACCCGAGGCGGUACGGCGUUCGCAGGUACCCAGUACUCUUGCGGAAGGGCCGCAUAGGAGGGAAUGGCCUGCUGUGUCCCCACCUACCAGAUGCCAGACGUCGGUGACAUUUGAAGAUGUAGCCGUGACUUUCACAGAUGAAGAGUGGAGGCAUCUGGUCCCUGUGCAGCGGGCACUCUACAAGGCAGUGAUGCUGGAGAACUAUGAGAGCAUCAUCUCACUGGGGCUUCCCGUGCCUCAACCUGAUGUGAUUCUUCAGUUGAAGAGAAGGGAGGAGCCAUGGACACAGGGUCGUCAUGGAUCUGAGGAGAAAGAAUGGCCAGAGAAUGUCUCUCUAGACUGGGAGACUAAGCCCGAGAUCCUAGCUGCUUCAGAAGGGACGCUGAGAGAAAGCCGUAGAAGGCCAAGUCCUCUCUGCCCUGAACUUGAAGUCCAAGCACUAGCAGGUGGGUUGGAACCAGAAAAGGAAAGUCCUAAAGCAGACACUGGCAAGAAACCCCUUUCCUCGGACAAAAGCUUGCAGCGAAGGUCAGCCCCCUCCAAGAAAAUCCUCACUAAACACCAAGACCAGGAGUGUAGUGACUGUGGGAAGACCUUCUUUGACCAUUCCUCACUCAUCCGCCACCAGAGAACUCACACCGGCGAGAAGCCCUAUGCCUGCCCUGAGUGCGGGAAGGCCUUCAGUCACAGGAGCAGUCUCAGCAGACAUCUGAUGGCCCACACGGGAGAGAGCCCGUACGAGUGCAGUGUGUGUGGCAAAGCCUUCUUCGACCGUUCAUCCCUCACCGUGCAUCAGCGGAUUCACACAGGAGAGAAGCCUUUUAAAUGCAACGAGUGUGGCAAAGCCUUCUUCGACCGAUCGUCCCUUACUCGCCACCAGAGAAUUCACACUGGGGAGAGCCCCUAUGAAUGUCAGCAGUGUGGGAAAGCCUUUAGCCAGAAAAGCAUUCUCAGUCGUCACCAGCUGAUCCACACUGGCCGGAAGCCAUAUGAAUGCAGUGAGUGCGGGAAAGCGUUCUACGGUGUCUCCUCCCUAAACAGACACCAGAAAGCGCAUGCUGGGGAGCCACACCACCAGUGCAGCGAGUGUGGCAAAGCUUUCUUCGACCGCUCUUCUCUCACGCAGCACCAGAAGAUCCACACUGGAGACAAGCCGUAUGAGUGCAGCGAGUGUGGGAAAGCCUUCAGCCAGAGGUGCCGGCUCACACAGCACCAGAGAGUUCAUACAGGGGAGAAACCCUUUGAGUGUAGUGUGUGUGGAAAAGAGUUCAGCUUCAAGUCCUCAGUUAUUCAGCAUCAGAGGCGUUAUGCCAAGCAAGGGACGGACUGACCAGGGGAGAAGCGUGAGCUACACAAAGGGCCUGCCUGUAAACUUGGCAGGUCUCCCUGUCACCUACGAACCCAGCCUUUGCUCCUUCUGCCUACUCCGGCUGUCCUCGUGGGUCCCACCUCUGCUCCAUGGUGUCUGAGUAAACAGCACACCUACUGUGCUACAGAACUGAUGUGGAGUGCGGAAAACUAGACCAUGAGUCUCCAGAUUCAGAGUUUUGGACGGGGGCUGGGUGUAGCUCAGUGACAGAACAGCACCUAGUAAGUGUGAGGCCUGCUGUUCAUCCCUGGCACUGCGAAAGGAAGUUGGGGCGACGGUCAGGCAGCAGGAUGGAUGUUAGGAGGGGAGGCUGCAGGCAUAACCUCAGGAGAACGUAGGUCCCUUGUCACUGCCCUUGAAAUAGCUGCAGGCUAUUACGGGGGGAGUGUCACAAGUAUGCGAGAAGACCAUUUUCUCCAGAAGUUUCUAUAGCUUUUAGUCCUUCUUGGAACACAGACCUUGUUCUCUUGUGCCCUAGCAUUUAGCCCUCUUGGUACUGGUAGUAGUGGUAGCACUUACUGAGCACUUAUCCUGGGGCAAACACUAGCAGAGGAUUUGGAAGGGCUGGAAUGACCGAUCCUCUAACUAAGUCUGUGAAACGGGUCCUUUUGCUGUCUGACUGUCACAGGUGACACAGUCAAGUUUAGAGAGAGUAAGUAACAUACUCUGGGUGACACAAGGUGAAGCCAGGUGUCUCUUUAGUUACUUUUUUAUUGCUGUGUAGAGACAUGAUAACCAGGGCAACUUACAAAAGAAAGCUUUUAACUAGGGCCUUGCUUACAGUUCCAGAGGGUGACUCUGUGACCAUCGUGGCAAAGAGCAUGGCAACAGAUAGGCAGGCAUGGUGCUGGAGCAGUAGCUGAGAGUUCACAUCUGAUCCACAAGCAGUAGGCCAAGAUAUAGGG